AGAAGAAGAGCAGCUAGAAAGAGAGGAGAGAGAAAGAAGAGAGAGAAAAUUUACCCAAAAAAAAAAAACCCCUGACGACGAACGAACGAACGAACGAUAAGCAGCCGUAUAAUUGGUGGUGGUAUUUUUGUAUGUAUCUCAUCUUCUUUACCUCACUUUUCUCUUCUUCUUCUUCCUCCUUUCGCCGGCGCUCCACCAUCUAUUUUCUCUCUCCUCCAUUUCCGCCGCCUCUUCCGCCGCCCCUCUAUUCUCCGCCAGGAGUGCUGUUCAUACUAGCUCAGUUGAGCUGUCUGCCUGUUGCUGUGUAAUUGGAUACACCAACUAGAGGAAGAAGCUAAUUUAUUUACCAGUAUUUAAGUUGGAGCUGACAAUUAAGUCAGGGUGUAGAUUUUCAUCUGUAGUCUGAAGGAAGCUGCAAAUGUCUGAUUUGGACGUGGUGGAAUCUAAACCAAGUUUACCUGCUCCAAUAUAUGCUCAGAUGAUGAAGACUUACAUUUGGCUUCAGACAGCUGAUGGUUCUAUUCAACAAGUUGAACAAGAGGUAGCUAUGUUUUGCCCGGUCAUAUGUCAUGAAAUUCAUGCAGGAAAGGGCACAUCCAAAAAUCAUGCUAUUUGUCUUCCGCAAAGAGUCAAUCCUGCCAUGUGGAGUCUGAUUCUUGAUUAUUGUCGCUUCCAUCAAGUUCCAGGACAUUCUAACAAGGAACGGAAAUCCUUUGAUGAAAAGUUCAUUCGAAUGGAUACAAAAAGGCUCUGCGAGUUGGCAUCUGCUGCUGAUAGCCUGCAAUUGAAGCCCCUGGUUGAACUUACAAGCCGUGCACUUGCACGAAUGAUUGAAGGCAAAACUCCGGAGGAGAUACGUGAGAUAUUCUGUUUGCCUGAUGAUCUUACAGAGGAGGAGAAGUUGGAGCCUUUGCGAAACAUGACUGAUGAUCCUCGAAUCAGACUUUUGAAUCGGCUGUAUGCAAAAAGGAGGAAAGAGCUUAGGGAGAAAGAGAAAUUGAAGACUGCUGAAGCUGAAGAAAUGCAUGUAGAUAACCGAUCUGUUGAUGAUUUAUUGUCAUAUAUAAAUGGAGGUGAUGAAGAUAAUAAAGCUGUUAAAACAUCUAAAAGCAAGAAAAAACACCGAAGAAAAAAGGACCAGUCAAAAAGUUCUCCUUUAAUUAACGGCGUUGAGAACCACAAGGAGAAUAUGGACAAUUGUUCUCAAGUCUCUACCAAUGGGGCUAGCCCCAGUGCGAAAAAAGAGUUGUCCAAUUUAGAUUAUUGCUUUGAUGGUGAGGAAAACUUGGACGAUGGGGAGGAUGACAUUGAUCCUGCUAUAAAAGAACAAAUUGAUAGGGAGGUAGAGGAUUUUACUCGGAGGCUGAAUUUGAACUGGUCCGAGAGAAUGAAUGAGGUUCUAUAUGGAUCUAGAACGGAAGUCAGUAGCUUCAUUCAUUAAUAACAGUGAUUCCACUGGGAGAUAUGAAGGGAACAAGGAUGGCAAACUCCGUGGAAACGGAAGAGAUGCCUUUCUUAAGAUGGAUGAUAGGAUGAAUAUGUCCUGUGUACAUUAAGCUGAUGAUUCUUGCUGCAUAAAUGAGGCGGGUUAUAAUGCUGGAUACCGAUGAUUCUUGCUGCACGAACACAAGCAAUAAGUUGGCCGCAGGGCAACAUCAACGAGUUUGUCCUUUUUUUACUCUCCUUUACCUUAAAUUUUUCUCCACUGUUUUUUCCAUUCUUUUAUAGUUGGUAAAGUUGCAAAUUUUGUCUGAGGAAAAUUUGUUGUAAUUUUAGCGAACUUAAUAAAAGAACAGGAUUAUUUGAGUUCUUUUGUUUCUUAAUCCCUUUCAAUUUACUCACUUGGAAGAACAUCCGGUGUGUGAUAUCAUAGACUGGGUGAUCUGAAACCACAUUACCCUUCAUUCCAGUUUUUGCCACAAAAAUAAUUAGAAUGUGGGUAUUUUGUAA